AUGGAUAGCUUAUCCGAUUCAUUCAAGGGGGAAUUAGAUUCUGUUACAUCAACAGAUUCCCUACAAUUAAUAGCUGAUGAAUUUCAUAUUAGGCAUUUAUCAACACCUGAUGUUUCUAACAUAGAAUUAUCAAAACGUGUUGCAUUAUUGGAAUUAGAAAAUGAACGACUCAGAAUGGAUUUAGAAAAUAUGCGUAUCGAACUUAAUGCCAGAAUUGCAGCUAAUGAAGGACUUAAAGGAAAAAUAACAGAAUUAUAUGUAGAAAUGCAAUUAGUUAUUCAAGAGAAACAAAAAUUACAAAAUACUUUAAUAGAUGUAAACAACCAUUUAGAUGCAUCUGAAGCAUCUGCAAAAUGGUAUCAAUCUCAAGUGCAUGGUUUACAAGCAAGCAAAAAAACUUUGCAAUUAGAAAUUGAUACUUAUCAAGCAAUUUUACAGCAAAGACAACAAACUAUUGCAAACAUCAAUACUAGAUAUAAGCAACUGAAUAUGGAAUAUAUCAAACUUCUUCAAAUGCAUCAAAAGGAAAAGCAAGAUUUAGAAUAUCAAGUACAAAAUUUAAAGAUACAAAAUCAACCAAACAGUAUUUUAGAAUCAUUAGAUAUUAGUACAUCUAGUUUUCCAGAUGUAUCAGCAAAGUUAGAGUUGACAGAAGAUGAAUUAAGAGAUACAAAGACAGAAUUAAAAACAUUAGAAAAACGUCUUUUGGGCAAUGAAGUUUCCAAAGCAUUAAUGGAAAAUUCUUUAGCUAAACAACGUGUAUUAAUAUCAACUAUGGAAGAAAAUAUACAAAAAUGUGAAACUGAAAAAAAUCAAACUGCUGAUGCAUUACGUAAAACACAACUUGAAAUUCAAAAAUUAAAGUCUGAAAAUGAAGUAUUGCAAACUGCUCUGCUUUCUUCCAAACAGGAACAAAAUCAGAUAGAAGAUGCAAUCUUUCAGUUACGAUUACAAUUAACAAAAAUGAUAGCACAAUAUAAGCUUUUAAAAACAAAAAAUGUAGAAGGAGAGGAUAAAUUGAAUUCAAUGGAAGAUAUAAUAAAUGAAAAUAAACGCUUAAAAACAUUAUCAUAUGAAGUUAAUACUGCUCUUAUUAGAAAACUUCGACAAGAAAAACGAAAAGUUAAAAGCUUGGAACAUAAACUUCAUGGUGUACAAGUAAUGGGACAUUUAAGCAAUAUGAAAAACAAAAUGGAAGUUUCCUUGCAUGAGUGCUUAAAACAGGUUUUAAUGAGAAAUAAAGAUUUAAAAAAUCAAUUGAAGGCACUGACAAAAAAUUCAGAUGAAAGUAUUGAUGAAGGGUAUGGUGACAACAGUAUUGUUAGUUCUGUUUCUGUAGACAUUCCAUCACCAAAUUCCAUCAAUCCAGUAUUAUUAGAUGCAGCUUCUAGUGUGUUGCUACAAUGUAAGGACUUUUGUAAACCAGUGCAAACAGAACUUGAACAUUUAAAAGUAAAACUUAACAAAUUAAAGGAACAAUACAUUGUAUAG